AUGGGCAGUGGACCAGUGGCACUCCCAUACUAUAGCUCUGCCUUGAAGAAAAAGGGUCCAGGUAGAAGGUCACAAAUGGUGAGGCAGGCAAAGGACUUUGCAGAACAGGCGCGCAAGUUCAUCUUCCGCAUUAAAGAUGUACCCCCGAGCAAGGAUGGACGACAUAUCCAACUAGAUCCCACGCGGAAAGAGCCACCCAUCGAUGAACGCACAAACCAACCAUACACCAGCAACUGGAUCCGAUCUACACGAUACUCCGCGUGGAACUUUGUGCCCCGCCAGCUCGUGGCGCAAUUCUCAAAGCUUGCCAACUUUUACUUUCUGGUCAUUUCCAUCCUACAGAUGAUACCCGGUCUUAGUACAACAGGCCAGUUUACCACGAUUGUGCCCUUGAUGUUCUUCGUCACAUUGUCUAUCGCAAAGGAGGGUUAUGAUGACUUGCGGAGGUAUCGGCUCGACAAGGCAGAAAACAACCGAGAAACCCAUGUGUUGCGUGUGAGCCAAUCUGAUGUCAGGCACUCCGCCGACAAUGCAAGUGUGCCGUCUUCGUCAUCAGCGCUCCAAUGGGAGACUAUCAAGUGGCAGGAUAUCAAUGUUGGCGACAUCAUCAGACUCGACCGUAACGAAGCUGCACCCGCUGAUUUGGCACUCCUCCAUACCAACGGCGAGAACAAUGUUGCUUUCGUCGAAACAAUGGCUCUAGACGGUGAGACGAAUCUGAAAAGCAAGCAAACGACCGCAGCCAUCUCUACAACCAUUAUCGAACAGGAAGACAUCCUGAGGACUGAAGCUGAGUUCGUUGUGGAAGAUCCCAAUCGAGAUUUGUACAGCUUCGAAGGACGCGUGACGAUUCAUGAAAAGCAAGCGCCACUCACGCUUAACGAAAUCAUCUUCCGAGGUAGCAUUUUGCGAAAUACGCCUGAUGCAAUCGGCAUGGUCAUCUACUCUGGUGAGGAGUGUCGCAUCCGCAUGAACGCCAAUAAAAACCCUCGUAUCAAGGCUCCUGCAUUACAAGGCCUGGUUAAUCGCAUCGUCAUCGUCAUCGUGUUUUUCGUCCUGGCUCUCUCAAUCUUCAACGCUGUUGCGUACAAGAUAUGGCAAAGCCAUGAAGACUCGAUGUGGUAUCUCGCCGGCACGUCUGUCGCCUUCUUUCCAAGCUUCACGUCCUUCAUCAUCAUGUUCAAUACCAUGAUUCCGCUCUCGUUGUAUGUCAGUCUGGAAAUUGUCAAGCUUGCGCAAAUGUUCUUCUUGCAUACCGACAUUGACAUGUACGAUCCGGUCUCUGAUACCCCCUGCGAACCACGAACUUCUACCAUCAACGAAGAGCUUGGUCAGAUUAGCUACAUCUUCUCCGAUAAGACGGGUACGCUUACGGAUAACUCGAUGAAGUUCAGGAAGCUCAGUGUUGCGGGUGUGUCUUGGCUCCACGAUGCUGAUUUGCAAAGUGACGAGCAGAAGAAGAAGCUGAUCCACAAGACGAGGAAGAAGGGAAAGCAACCCGCCAAAGCCAGAAAGAGUUUCCGGUCAACCAAAGACGUCUCUCCUGGUGAAUCAGCAGUCCCUGCAUUUGAGGCGACCGAGCAAGUUGAGAGUCCCGCAGAAGGAGGUCCCUCAAAUUGGCGGUCAAACGCAAAGCCGGGCAAAGCGUCACGUGAGUUGCGCACCCAAGAUAUGCUUCGGUAUAUCCAGAGGAAACCGCAUACCCCAUUUUCGAAGAAGGCUCGCAUGUUUCUUCUGUCACUAGCGCUAUGUCACACCUGCUUGCCUGAAGUUCAGGAGGAUGGCAAGAUCGAUUUUAUGGCUUCCUCUCCGGAUGAACUUGCGUUGGUGCAAGCAGCCCAAGACAUGGGUUUUCUCCUGAUCAAUCGUGACGUCCACACCAUUACCCUCAAGAUGCCGUCAGGAUCCGAUGGUGAGUCUACGCAGGAGGUAUACGAAAUUCUAGAUGUCAUCGAGUUCUCGAGCAAGCGGAAACGCAUGUCUAUCCUUUUGCGUUUUCCGGAUGGCAGAAUUUGCAUUAUUUGCAAGGGCGCAGACUCUAUUGUCCUGGAGCGUCUGAAGCUGGCUACGCUGGCGAACAAGAAAAUGGUUGAAAUUGAGCGUCGUGCUAACGCGCGCAAGAGCAUGGAGGCGCAACAUGCGAUAGCUCGUAGGAGUGAGCAGGCUGACCGUAGGAGUAGUGUUGCUGGGCGUUUGAGCAGUGUCGGUGGACGCAGGAGCAUGUCUUUUGCGCAAGCUGCUAGAACUAGUGCCAACUUUGGCAGACCAUCGUUCGCUGCCAGUGUUGGUGCGCGUGUAUCCAUGUCAGCAAGGGAUGAGGUAGAUCAGUGGCUACGUGAGCGCGAGAACGAUCGUUUGGGUAGACCUUCUGUCAACGAGGCCAUUGAGAGUACACCAAUACAGACUCCCCGUCAGUCCGGCCUGGAUAGGUUCAGCAUGGCCAUUUCAGAGGCUCGCAGCUCGAUCCAACUUGAAGAGAUGGAAGCCAUGGUUGAUGAGAAUAUCGCUGGAGACGAUACUGCCGUCAUUGAACGCUGUCUCCAGCACAUCAACGAGUUCGCCACCGAGGGGCUUCGCACUUUACUAUAUGGAUACCGGUUCAUGACCGAGGAAGAAUAUCAGUCAUGGAAGAGGCUCUAUCUCGAUGCAACAACCAGCCUCGUCGACCGUACACGUCUGAUCGAAGAAGCUGGUGACAAGAUUGAGCAAGGCCUAGACCUCUGCGCCGCCACCGCCAUCGAAGACAAACUCCAACAAGGCGUCCCCGAAGCCAUCGACAAGCUCCGCCGUGCCAAAAUCAAAAUGUGGAUGCUUACAGGCGACAAGCGUGAAACCGCAAUCAACAUCGGCUACUCAUGCCGUCUAAUCAAAGAAUACUCCACCGUAACCAUCCUCGACCACGAAGCCAGCGACCUCAUCCAACCCAUCACCUCAGCCAUCCACGCCAUAACCAGCAACGCAGCCGCCCACACCGUCGUCGUCGUAGACGGCCAAACCCUCUCCAAAAUCACCGCCAGCGAAACCCUCGACCCCUUCUUCCACGAACUCGCCAUCCUCGCCGACAGCGUAAUCUGCUGCCGGGCCUCGCCCUCGCAAAAAGCUCAACUCGUCAAAUCCAUCCGCAAACGCGUCAACAAAAGUAUCACCCUCGCCAUCGGCGACGGCGCAAACGACAUUGCCAUGAUCCAAGAAGCUCACGUGGGCAUUGGCAUCACAGGCAAAGAAGGCUUACAAGCCGCACGCACAAGCGAUUACUCAAUCGCUCAGUUCAGGUUCCUGACUAAACUACUGCUUGUACACGGGCGGUGGAAUUACAUCCGCACCUGUAAAUACACAGUCGGUACCUUUUGGAAAGAACUCCUCUUCUACCUCACACAAGCCCUCUACCAACGCUCCGUCGGCUACACGGGUACCUCGCUCUACGAAUCCUGGUCCCUAUCCAUGUUUAACACGCUCUUCACCUCGUUACCCGUCAUCUUCAUGGGGGUCUUUGAGAAGGAUCUUUCGGCUGCCACGCUACUUGCUGUACCGGAACUUUAUGUGAUUGGGCAGGUGAAUGGCGGGUUUAACGUGAGGGUUUAUCUGGGGUGGAUGUUUAUGGCUAGUGCGGAGGCGAUGGCGGUGUAUUUUGUGCCGUGGGGCUUGUUUGGGCAUGUGCCGUUUGUGGAGGAUGGGGGGAUUUAUGCGUUGGGUAUGAUUGUUUAUUCGGCGGUUGUGGUGAUUGUUGCGGGGAAGAUGCAAUUCCUAGCAACCGCCACCCUCACCUCAACAAACGCCCUCGCCAUCAUCGCCUCAAUAGGCGGCUGGUUCCUCUGGAACAUAAUUCUCUCCCUAACCUACGCCCCCACGGCAAGAAUCUACUACGUCCGCUCCGCCUUCCUAACACGCUUUACCUGGCCCUGGUGGCUCACCCUCCUCCUCACCCUCUUCGCCAUCUUCAUGUUUGAAAUCGCCGUCGCUGCUUUUAUGAACACGUUUGCGCCGUCUGAUGAACAUGUUUUUCGCGUCUUGGAAAAGGAUGCUGGUAUCAAGAGGAGGUUUGAGGAGGAGGCUGCGCAGGAGUUGCAGGCCGGGUGGCAGAGGGAUAAGGGGGGGACGAAGGGGGACGAGGAGGAGAGGGUUAGAGCUGUGGUUGGAAUGUUGGAGGAGAGGGAGAGAGCGAGGAGGGAGGGCGAGGUUGUGGAGAUUUUGAGGAAUAGGGGGGAUGGUGGGGAGGGGGAUGUGACGGCGGCCGGUGUGGGUGGAGAUGAGGGGGCGGAGAUUAGUAGGAUUUUGAGUCGGGGGUAUGGUGAUGUCAAGGCUGUCUAG